ACUCUGUCUGUAGAUAAAGACGGCCCGGAUAAGAAGAAAAACAAGAAGGAGUCUGGGGGAAGUAAGAAGGUCCCGGUCAAUCUUCUGUUUGGCUACCCGCUGUCGGAACGCAAGCAGAUGGCCCUACUGAUGCAGAUGACCGCCAGGGACAACAGCCCAGGUUAGUCAGAAAACAUUCAUGCCCUGUCUCCUCUCUUCUCCUUCUCUCCCUCUCCUUCUCUCCCUCUCCCUCGCCUCCUCUCCCUCUCUUCUCCUCCUCUCCCUCUCUCCUCCUCCUCCUCUCCUCCUCUCCUCCUCCUCUCCCUCUCUUCUCCUCCUCCUCCUCCUCUCCCUCUCUCCUCCUCCUCCUCUCCUCCUCUCCUCCUCCUCUCCCUCUCUUCUCCUCCUCCUCCUCCUCUCCCUCUCCUAACCUCUUAGAGAUGUUGAUGGUUACUAUAUUUAUCAGGAUUCAGAGUCAUCAACAGCCUUGUUGAUAAUGGUCCUCUGUAGCUCAGCUGGUAGAGCACGGCGCUUGGUCCUCUGUAGCUCAGCUGGUAGAGCACGGCGCUUGGUCCUCUGUAGCUCAGCUGGUAGAGCAUGGCGCUUGUAACGCCAGGGUAGUGGGUUCGAUCCCCGGGACCACCCAUACGUAAAAAUGUAUGCACACAUGACUGUAAGUCGCUUUGGAUAAAAGCGUCUGAUAAAUGGCUUAUUAUUAUUAUUAUUAUUAUUAUUAUUAUUAUUAUUAUUAUUAUUAUUAUUACAACAACCUUGUUGAUAAUGGACCUCCCAGUUAUCAGAAAAAUCACUUUCUCUGUUGAGUCAUUUCUCUCUCCCUCUCCUCCUCAGACUCGACCCCCAGCCACCCGUCCCAGGCCCCCCCGGUGCAGAAGAAGCCCCCCAGCAGCUCGGCCUCCAGAGCGAGGGACAAGGUGAACAAGAGGAACGAGCGUGGAGAGACGCCGCUACACAUGGCGGCCAUACGGGGGGACGCCAAGCAUGUCAAGGAGCUCAUCAGCCUCGGGGCCGACGUCAACGUCAAAGACUUUGCAGGUAAAGGAACACCUGACCACUCGUUAUAAACUAGAAAGGUCCGCGUAACUUUUAAAGAUGUACAUACACAUUUGAGUCAUUUACCAGGGUGGCUUGUUAAAACGCCUAAUUCUUACUCCAUCCCCUGCGGAGCCAUAAGGCUGCAACGUAUUAGGCGCUGACCCCAUUCCAGUUUCCCCUCAAAAUACCAUUUCUUCCUUCGUCAGGCUGGACCCCUCUUCACGAGGCAUGUAACCUUGGUUACUACGACGUGGCCAAGGUCCUGAUCGCGGCAGGUGCAGAGGUCAACACUCAGGGGCUGGAUGACGACGCGCCGCUCCACGAUGCCUCCAGUAGUGGACACACAGACGUACGUUCACCCCUCGGCCUACCUACACGUAACCACCGCUGGUUUUCUUAACCUUGGGAGUACUGCUUAGAUUUUAAAACUACUUCACAAUUUAUUGACCUUUUUUAUUCAGGAAAUGAUCUGCUGUCUUGAGUUUCGGGGAGUUCAAAGACGAUCAACAUUUUAUUUAAAAACCACACUGACGUAAAUAUUCACAAAGAUGGACCGGAGUCCAACAAGCUGGACCUAGAGAUUGCAACUAAUCACUUGUCCUGUCCUCUCCGUCUAGAUUGUGAAGCUGCUGCUGAGACACGGAGGGAAUGCGUUCCAGGCCAACAGGCGAGGGGAGCGACCCGUAGACAUCGCUGAUUCCCGGGAGCUGGAGCUCCUCCUAAAGGGGGAGGUGCCCCUCUCAGACGCAGAGGAUAGCUCCUCAGGUAUGGUGUCCUGGAGGGGAUAGCUCCUCAGGUAUGGUGUCCUGUAGAGGAUAGCUCCUCAGGUAUGGUGUCCUGUAGAGGAUAGCUCCCCAGGUGUGGUGUCCUGUAGAGGAUAGCUCCCCAGGUAUGGUGUCCUGUAGGGGAUAGCUCCUCAGGUGUGGUGUCCUGUAGAGGAUAGCUCCUCAGGUAUGGUGUCCUGUAGAGGAUAGCUCCUCAGGUAUGGUGUCCUGUAGGGGAUAGAUGGCUCCUCAGGUAUGGUGUCCUGUAGGGGAUAGCUCCUCAGGUAUGGUGUCCUGUAGGGGAUAGAUAGCUCCUCAGGUAUGGUGUCCUGUAGGGGAUAGAUAGCUCCUCAGGUAUGGUGUCCUGUAGAAGAUAGCUACUCAGGUAUGGUGUCCUGUAGAAGAUAGAUAGCUCCUCAGGUGUGGUGUCCUGUAGAGGAUAGCUCCUCAGGUAUGGUGUCCUGUAGAGGAUAGCUCCUCAGGUAUGGUGUCCUGUAGGGGAUAGCUCCUCAGGUAUGGUGUCCUGUAGGGGAUAGCUCCUCAGGUGUGGUGUCCUGUAGAGGAUAGCUCCUCAGGGAUGGUGUCCUGUAGAAGAUAGAUAGCUCCUCAGGGAUGGUGUCCUGUAGAAGAUAGAUAGCUCCUCAGGGAUGGUGUCCUGUAGAAGAUAGAUAGCUCCUCAGGGAUGGUGUCCUGUAGAAGAUAGAUAGCUCCUCAGGUAUGGUGUCCUGGAGGGGAUAGCUCCUCAGGGAUGGUGUCCUGUAGAGGAUAGCUCCUCAGGUAUGGUGUCCUGUAGGGGAUAGCUCCUCAGGUGUGGUGUCCUGGAGGGGAUAGCUCCCCAGGUGUGGUGUCCUGGAGGGGAUAGCUCCCCAGGUGUGGUGUCCUGGAGGGGAUAGCUCCCCAGGUGUGGUGUCCUGGAGGGGAUAGCUCCCCAGGUGUGGUGUCCUGGAGGGGAUAGCUCCCCAGGUGUGGUGUCCUGGAGGGGAUAGCUCCCCAGGUGUGGUGUCCUGGAGGGGAUAGCUCCCCAGGUGUGGUGUCCUGGAGGGGAUAGCUCCCCAGGUGUGGUGUCCUGGAGGGGAUAGCUCCUCAGGUAUGGUGUCCUGGAGGGGAUAGCUCCUCAGGUAUGGUGUCCUGGAGGGGAUAGCUACCCAGGUGUGGUGUCAUGGAGGGGUGUGUGUGUUAUCUUUAUCAAUAUUUGUUUUGUUUUUAUCAUAUCAUCUUUAAAAACCAUAAUUAUUAGAUUUUGUGGUAUUUCCCAAAAAAAGUGUAAGUUAUAGAUCUCCCUCAUUUGUCAAGAAUCUGCUUGGCUGUUCAACUGGGAAUACCUAAACAGCAAUUCACCUUGUAAUUAGGGAUGGGCACGGUUAUUCGAAUAUCCAAACGGACGUUAGUAUUCGAUUACUUGCGAGAGUAUUCAUUUUUUGAGAAGAAAAAACAUAUAGCCUAUUUUAAUGAAAAGGCUUUGUCUAAAAUUUUAAUUUAAUGUAUCUAUGUGACGUUGCUACAUACAAGGAUAGACCAUGACGGUAGACAUUUUAAUAAAACAGUGCAGCCCAUUAAAAAAAACAUACCCGUAGCCUACAUACUAUUCACACAUGUAGCUUGUUAUUGUCGGUCAAUCAAAGCAGCACUACCGUCAGAGGCUCCAUCCGUUGUAGCAAGUGAAGUGGAAGAUUUCUAAUCAAUGCUAAAUGGAAUUACAAUUACAGAAUGAAGUUGGCUAAAUGAGAAGGAGUAGGCUACAGUGAUCAACCAACAGGUGGGCUGUUUAAUAUGAAUGGAGUUGUUGUGGACAAGGACGCGGGGAGCGCAGCAAAGUAGCCUCAAUUAGCCUUGCUAGCUAGGUAGCUGGCUAACUUAUCUGGCUAGUGUAGCUAGCUAGCUAUCUUUUUGAACUAACUUACACUACAGGGCCACUGCUCGUCCAACAUCUCAUUCCAAAAUCAUAGCGUUAAUAUGGAGUUGGCCCCCCCUUUGGGGCUGUGGUGGUCACAAUGUUGAAGAUAUUGGAAGAACUGUCCACAUUUUUACUUUUCGUCAGCCAACAAGAUGAGAAGGCUUAACGAACAGCAAAAGCACUAGCCCAUGUCAAUCUACUAUCCCCCAUAGUACAGAAGUCGACCUGUUCUAUUCUGUGAGAUAAAUAAAUAUUCCAAACAUAGUCUGGGACAGUUGUGGGAUGCAAUAGAUCCCAAAUUAAUACAACCACUAGCAUCAAAAAACAAAAAAAUAACAUGUUUUAUGCAAUGUGGCUGACACAACAGAUAAGAACGUUUAGCUUAAAAUGUUGAUAAACUAUUAGGCUAUUUCUUCACAUUAUAAGUGCAGCAAUGCGCACACGGCAGUAGGCUAUAAGCGUGAAUGGUCCAUUAGCGGGAAAACACCAUUAUCAAAAGUGACCUCAAAUGCGAUUAUUCAUGUAAUGCUUUUAUUAUAAAGGUGCAUUUUUAUGGUGUAAAUUAAUCUUCCCCAAAACUUGAAACUCACGCGCUGCUUAUGUAUGCCAGUUAGGCUCUACACCGCUUGUAAAGUGGAUUAAUGUGCUUCAUUUUAAGAAGUUAAUUGGCCACUUUAGUUGUGAUACAAACCUUAUUAAAACAUAUAGGCCUAUGGGCUAGGCUACAUGAGGUGUGCGACUAUGAUUUAGAAAAAGUCACACAAAAAGGCUGUUUCUUAUGCUGGGCUUCAUUCACAAGUGAUAAUAUAUAAUUCACAAGUGAUAGGCUAAUAUUGUCAACCAUCAGACUAUUCUUGAUUUAAUCUUGUCUUUACAUAUACAACAUAUUAUAAACAGGGGCAGCGGGAAAAAAUACAUGUCAUCUAUGCAAUUAAAUAGCGGAUGGAGGACGCUUUUCCCGUGAUUCAUUUUCAUGCCAGCCAGGUAGGCUAUACUCCUGUUGUAAAUAUAAGCAAUGUGCUUAAUAUUAGGAAAGUUGAGAAAUAAAUAUAGUAGGCCUAGCCUAUAGAAAGCUGAUGGGAUCCUCCUCUUUUUAAUAGAGGCCAUCACUCUGUUUUCUCACGCAAUUGCGUAGCCUAUAGAAAUGUUGCGCAACAUGAGCUCAUGGGCUCUCAUGAAGCGUUUGAUUAGAUUUUGUAUUACAUUUGCAUUGAUGUCAGAGUGAUUAGAGGGACAAUAGAGUGCUGAGUACCAGGCAGUUAGCAAGUUUGGUAGGAUACUAAUGACAUUCAGCAGCAUCAGAGCUUGGAGAAGCCUAAUUACCGUGACUAAAUGGUCAUCUGGAAUUUGACUGCCGUCAUGACUCGUGACCGCCAGUGUGGUGCUAUUACAGUCACCGCAACAGCCCUAGUCCCCUUUUUAAUGCUAUAACAGCCACCAGUCUUCUGGGAAGGCUUUCCACUAGAUGUUUGAACAUUGCUGCAGGGACUUGCUUCCAUUCCGCCACAAGAGCAUUAGUGAGGUCGGCCGCUGAUGUUGGGCGAUUAGGCCUGGCUCGCAGUCGGCGUUCCAAUUCAUCCCAGAGGUGUUGGAUGGGGUUGCACAGAAUUGUCUAGAAUGUAAUUGUAUGCUGUAGCAUUAGGAUUUCCCUUCACUGGAACUAAGGGGCCCGAACCAUGAAAAACUGCUCCAGACCAUUAUUCCUCCUCCACCAAACUUUACAGUUGGCACUAUGCAUUCGGGCAGGUAGCGUUCUCCUGGCAUCCGCCAAACCCAGAUUCAUCCGUCGGACUGCCAGAUGGUGAAGCGUGAUUCAUCACUCCUAAAGAACGCAUUUCCACUGCUCCAGAGUCCAAUGGCGGCGAGCUUUACACCACUCCGGCUGACGCUUGUGUGCGGCUGCUCAGCCAUGGAAACCCGUUUCAUAAAGCUCCCGAAUAAACAUAAACAGUUAUUGUGCUGAAGUUGCUUCCGGAGGCAGUUUGGAACUCGGUAGUGAGUGUUGCAGCCGAGGACAGACGAUUUUUACGUGCUUCAGCACUCCGCGGUCCCGUUCUGUGAGCUUGUGUGGCCUACCACUUCGCAGCUGAGCCGUUGUUGCUCCUAGACGUUUCCACUACACAAUAACAUCACUUACAGUUGACCGGGGCAGCUCUAGCAGGGUAGACAUUUUACGAACUGCCUUGUUGGAAAGGUGGCAUCCUAUGACGGUGCCACGUGGUCCUCUGUAGCUCAGCUGGUAGAGCACGGCGCUUGUAACGCCAAGGUAGUGGGUUCGAUCCCCGGGACCACUCUUACACAAAUAAAAAAUGUAUGCACGCAUGACUAAGUCGCUUAGGAUAAAAGUGUCUGCUAAAUGGCUCCUCUUGUGCCCCUCCCCCAUCCGUCUGAGACAACAGACUGCCUUUCCUGAGUCACGUGAGCAAGUCCCCAUUGAAGUAAAAAAUAUAUACUAAAAACUUUUCUGUAAAAUGCAUGUAUUUCGACUAUCCGGAUAUCUGGGGGGGGACUAUCCGGAUAUCUGGGGGGGGGGGAAAUGUAUAUUAUUUGAAUUGUGAAAUCAUUUCAAACGGCCAUCCCCUACUUGUAAUCAAAACUUGAUUAGAAAACAAGGCUAUUUACUCUGUUUUCAAGAUUUUAAGUAUUCUCUUUUCCUCUUAUCUCUACAGAGUCUGAAGACCCUCCGUCGGUAAACCCCUCAAGUGUGGACGUGGAUGAUGACAACAUGGAUGACUCGGACGUGGAGAAGGUCUCUGACGGCAAACGGAGCACCGUGAAGGCCUCACCCUCCAUGUCCGGCCUGGAUGAGUAUGAGUUCAAAGACGAGGAGGAAGAAGAAGACCUGAGUAAAGCCCUGAACGACAGACACAUCCUCCGGAGAGAGCUGAGGCAGGAAGAGAAGGAUCAAUUGGCCGCGAAGCAGAGCGGCUCUGUCCAGUCCUCUAAGUCUAAGAAGACAAAGACGUCGUCCCGCGUCCUGUACUGCAGCUCGGAUAGUUCCAGUGAUGAGAUGGAGAUGCCGUCAGAGAGAAGGAGCUCUCCGACCUGCUCCCACGGCUCGGAGGGACACAAGGCGUCAGACGCCAGCAGGACUAAGAAAGAGAACCUCGUGACUUCCGAAAAGAAAGACAAAGGCAGCAAAGUAAAGAAGAAGAACAAGAGCAAGAACAAGAACAAGGAGAACCAGGAGGACGGGAAGGAGAACAGCAAAGCGCUGGUGUUCUCCGUAGCCACCGUGUCUGUGUCAGAGACGCACACGGACAAGAACAGCCGGGGUCUCUGUGGGGACGAAGACUCGUUCAAGAUGUCCUUCAGUCCCAAGGACGACUCGUCCGUCCACCUCUUCCACCUGUCCGCCACCGUCAAGUCCCCCAAGCUCAACCACGGCCUGGCCGACAAGCAGCCGUCCUUCAACCCGCUCAAACAGGAGAACGCCAAGAUGACGUGCGUCUCGAUUGCCGAAGGCCCCUGUCCGCCGGAUGGUGUCAAGUACAACCACUACAACCCAGAGUCCGAGUUCUGCACGGAAAGCUCCAGUAGUAAAGGCUGCAAGCACAAGGAGAAGAGCAAGCACCACCAGAAGGACGUCACCGUGGACGCUGGCGGUGGUGCGGUGGGGGAAGAUGGGGGCUCCAGUCCGUAUAAUAAAGACGUCAGCGUGGCCAACAGUGUCGACAGCUCUGAGGGUGGUGCCUUACGGAAGACGGACAAGGACGGCAAGGUGGUCAAGAAGCAUAAGCUAAAACACAAGGAGAAGGACAAGCCCAGGAGGGAGUAUGAGACGGAGAGGAACCGCCACCGGCAGAAAGAGGGCAGUAGGAAGGACGGCCACAGGAACCUGGAGUUCGACCGGGAGUUCUGGAAAGAGAACUUCUUCAAUGAUGACGAACCUUUGCCUCCAGGGAAAACGGAGAGGGAGGACUGCGGAUCUCCUCAGAAUACAUUGGGCAGCUCUCCUGUCAAGGAAGAGAGAGGGACAAAAGAAAAACACCCCUCUAGCAGCAAGGAGAAGAGGCCGAGAGAGGAGCGCUUGAAGAAAGAGAGGAAAGAGACCUCUGCUGUCUGUAAAGAGGAGAGGGGGGGAAAGGAUGGGAAGCUCAGUGAGCGUGAGGAGAGAACGGAGUGCCUAAGCUCGGGACGGGUUUCAGUUCCUGAGGAGACGCAGCAUAACCCCACCAGUGUGAAAGUCGAACCGGAGGAGAAACCGGUAACGGGGACCCCGUCUACGGCUGAUUCAGACCAGCUGGAUGCCUCUGAGAAAGGCCAGCGGGACAAAUCAGACAGGAGGCCUUCUGUAAAGGAACGGGAGGCUGACAAGACGGAUAAAAAGCAUCCUGACAAGGAGAAGAAGGUCAAGAUUGAGCACCCUGAGAAUUCCCAGAAUUCCAUGGAUCGCUGGAAAGAGAGGGAGAAGGAAAGGACGGCGUCCCCUGGUGACAAGAACCACAAAGAGAUCGAGAAGCUCAGAGCCUUGUCCACGACGAAAAAACACGAGGAGAGCAAGGACAAGAAGAGCAAAGACAAGCCAGAUAAGAGGAGUGACAGGGAGAGGCAGGAGAGGGAGUACAGCGCGGGAGAACACAAAGACAGGACGAGCUCCGAUAAGAAAGGAAAACCACCCUCGGAGAAAUCCGUGGACCACAGUAAAUCAGAUCGCUCUAAGGAAAAGGAGAAAGACAAAGACUGCGAUAAGAAGAAAAAGGAAAAAUCUAAAGACGGCUCUUCCUCAUCUUCCUCCAGCUCUAACCUGAAGCUUCUCUUGGAGGAGAAGGGCUAUGUGUCUGAAAGUGGCAAGACCAUACCAGCAAAACUACUAAAGACCGAGGACCUCCCAAAGACGCCAGAGAAAGACCGGAGAGACCGAGAAUCCAGAGACUCUGACCGGCACCGAGAUCGGGACAAAGAGCGUCACAAGUGCGACAAGGACCGUUCCAAGGAGGUUAGCAAGGCCAGUAAGACCAAACCCAACGAGACCGAGACUGACCGAGAAAACAGGUCCAAAGUUAAGGCCUCACCUGUCACCCGGGAAGAGCAGAGGCCCAAAGAGAAACGUCUGGACAACGAAGACCUGAGGCAGACCAGCUUCGAACGCAUGCUGAGUCUGAAGGACCAGGAGAUUGAACAGUGGCACCGGAAACACCUAGAAAAGAUCAAACAGAAGGAGAGGGAGAGGAUGAAACAACGGCCCUCUACGACGACAGACCCAGGGAAGCUCAAAAGCAAAGCCAAGGCCAAGAUGACGUCCUCAUCUUGUGGAGAACCGUGCUUGAGCAAAGAAUUGCUUCGCUCCAAGAGCUCUGAAAGCUCCUCCGAUGUUAACUUCCGGGACCGAGACAAACCCCUUAAGGACAGCACCAGCUCCAGAACCGUGUCUCUGGACGGGAAGACACUCUCCUGCCUCAGUGGGAAGCUGGUGGCUGGUAUGGAGAACAGCUUGAGCAGGUCCCCCAGGCCAGAAAGUGAGCGGUCGGGUCUCAUGUCCAGGUCUGUGUCCAUGGUCUCUGUGGCCAGCUCUGAGGACUCCUGUCAGGCCACCAUGCUGACGCCGAGACCCAUUGAGUACGACUCGGAUAUGACCCUGGAAGCCUCCCAGGACUCUCAGCCUCCUUUCCUCCAGUCUUCCCUCCUCUCACAUUCUAGAUCGCCUGCUGUUCACGACAAAGACUACAACAGUCUUCCAGAAGCGGUGGGGCAAGGUAACCGGACUCCGCUGCAGAGCAGACACGCUUCCCCUUACCUUAGGGCUAUUCUGGACGAAGAUGCUAACUGUGCAACGGCGUCUGAGGGCAAACCGUUCGAAACUCAGUCAAAGGCCGCCGUGGUGCCUGCUGCUCAACCCAGUGAAGAGUCCACAAGUGUUAAGCCUUUAGAAACCUGUGCAGAUCCAGAGGAGAGCCAAAGUCAAAGCGGUCCUGUUCAGAUGCUUCCGAAUCUCCCUAAUCCAAGAACAGAUGCAGAUCUCAACACUGAGAGUGAAGGGAACACCACUCCAAGAACAGAUGCAGAUCUCAACACUGAGAGUGAAGGGAACACCGCUCCAAGAACAGAUGCGGAUCUCAACACUGAGAGUGAAGGGAACACCGCUCCAAGAACAGAUGCGGAACUCAACACUGAGAGUGAAGGGAACACCGCUCCAAGAACAGAUGCAGAUCUCAACACUGAGAGUGAAGGGAACACCGCUUCAGGUGUCCUUCUCCCACCUCAAGCAUCCAACACCAGAGAUCCUCACGUAAAGGACUCCUCAACACUUCCGCAGGCUGGUGUCCCACAGUUAGCUACACCAGCACCGAGAGGGUCUUCUUCCACCUCUGACCCUCUCCUAAUACGGGACGUACAGUGUAUCCCUGUAGAGACCUCCAGUGCGGAGCCUGAAUGUAGUAGGAAGGAGCUUCCCUCUGAGGACAUGAUGGUGGCGUCAUCUCUCUCCUCUCGACCACUGUUCUCAUCUCUCUCUGCUAGCCAGUCAUGGCAAACCCUUCCAAACGCCAGUAUGGUGACCUCCCAGCAGAUGCAGACGGAGACUGAUCCAUCUCUGGCUCUCGAUCCUAAAGAUAAAGCUCCAGUUGAGAGUGCAGCCAGCAGCGCUGAAAGCAGAGCAGCUGUAGAGAGCCCUGAGAGUGCGUUAGUAGCGUCUAGACCGGAAUGGAUGGACAACCCAGUAGCUUCCACCAGUGCUAGCACAGAGGAGUCCAUGGCGACCACCACCAGCAAAACCAAGGACUCUCCAGAGGAGAUGGACACUGACGUGAACAGUCAAGAAGACUGUAAGAAAUCCAGAUUCUCCAGUGACGACGUGGGUCCUAGCGAUCCUCAGCCGGACAAAAACGACCAGCUUACACCGUCCACUGUGUCGCGCUGCCCGAGCCCUGAACACAAGGGACAAGAAACGUCCGACGCUCCUGACCGCACACUGGAGAAGAGCAGAGGUCCUGAGGCCAUGUCAACAGAAAGGGCUAGUUAUUGGUCUUCAUCAGAGUGCAGUAGUACGGUCGCCGUCCCUGAGGUGAAGUCAGAGCCAUGCCCAGAGCCAAUGGAAAUGUCUUCUACCUCCGAGGAGAGACCAGAAGGACAGACUCCCUCGAUUGUUGGAUCAGACCACACCCAGAGUACUUCUGGACAGAGUAGUAACUUCCAGCAGGGCUCUCAGACAGACCAGAGCGGUAGUGGUAGUAGUUACAGCAGCAGUGGGGUCUCUGCUAGCUCUUCCCCCCAGUCAGGGGACAGAGACUCUGACUCCUCCGGGGCUAAGGCCAAGGUCCUCUCCCUAACCAUGGAGGAGGACCAGGACUUCCAGCAGACACACCCCAGGAAGAGGAAGAUGCCCAGGAUGUCUACCUCCAACCAGGCUGGAGGCAGCACGCAACAGGUGAGGGAGGGAGGGAGGGAGGGAAGAGAGGGGAAGGAGAUUAGAAGUUUUGAAGGGGGAGAGUGGGUAGGUGAAAGGGAGGAGGCAGAGAGGUAAGGAGUGGUAGGUCUAGUUGUAAGGGUGAACAUUUCUUAUCUUGGGGACAGUAAAGUUUCUUAUCUCCUCUACCUUAUCUUACUGUAUGUCUCUUCCCCCUUUAUCAGCAGUCUCUGGCGGCCAUCGUUGACUCUCUGAAGCUGGAGGAGAUUGAGCCGUACCAGACAGAGAGGGCCAACCCUUACUACGAGUUCCUGCACAUCCGCAAGAAGAUCGAGGAGAAGCGCAAAGUGCUGCUGAGCGUCAUCCCCCAGCCGCCGCAGUAUUACGACGAAUACGUGACGUUUACAGGAUCUUACCUGCUGGACGGGAACCCGCUCAGCAAACUCUGUAUUCCAACUGUGAGUCUGGAGUUUCCUUUUUAAUCAACUCAUUUAUUCAUCUUCUCUCCUCUUAUGUGAGUCUGUCUGUUUAUUCAUAGGGUCUCCAAGACCUCUUCUUUUAUGACCUCUUUUAUGACCUCUUCUCCUUUUCUUUUUUUCUCUUCCUUUCUUGUCGUUUCCUCCAUUUUAAAGUGAUUUCAAGUGGUUUCUGGGAAAUUUUUAUUUUUUAUUUAUUGCUAAAGUCCUCCACUCAAGACACCAGCGUUAAAGGGUCUUAUUUAACAAAUCUUAAAGUUCCAUGAUGUUGAACCGUUUCUAAUGUUUAUUUGUCUCUGUAACAGAUAACUCCCCCUCCGUCUCUGCCGGACCAACUGAAGGAGAUGUUUAAACAGCAGGAGGUUGUUCGUAUGAAGCUGCGCUUGCAACACAGCAUUGAACGGGUAUGUGGAGUAAUUAAAGACUUUUCAAUCUUCCUUUAUAGCUUGAUCUACAGUCAGGUCCAAAAUGAUUGGAUUCCUUGAUAGAAAUGAGCAAAAUAUACUAUAAGAAAUGAUACAAAUACUGAGCUACUGAGCUCUAUUAGAGAGUGGGAGGGUAGGGGAGAGUGGGAGGGUAGGGGAGAGUAGGGUAGGGGAGAGUGGGAGGGUAGGGGAGAGUGGGAGGGAGGGGAGGAGAGUGGGAGGGUAGGGGAGGAGUGGGAGGGGAGGGAGGUGAGAGUGGGGGGAGGGGGAGAGUGGAGAGUGGGUGGGGAGGGGAGGAGGGGGGAUGGGAGGGAGGGGAGAGUGGGAGGGGAGGGGAGAGGUGGAGGGGAGGGGAGGAGUGGGAGGGAGGGGGGUGGGGGGAGGGGGAGGGGGAGGAGUGGGAGGGGAUGGGAGGAGGUGGGAGGGGAGGGAGUGGGAGUGGGAGGGAGGUGGGAGGAGGUGGGAGGGGAGGGGGAGUGUGGAGGGGAGGGGAGAGUGGGAGGGUAGGGGAGAGUGGGAGGGGAGGGGAGGGUGGGAGGGGAGGGGAGAGUGGGGGGGAGGGGGAGUGGGGAGGGGGAGUGGGAGGGUAGGGGGUGGGGAGGGGAGGGGAGGGGAGAGUGGGGGAGGAGUGGGAGGGAGGGGGACUGGGAGGGUAGGGGAGACUGGAGAGUGGGGGGUUGGAGCAGGUGAUAAUUAGUCCACUGACUUUGAUGAAUACCAGUCUAGGGCUUUGUCCCAAAUCGCACCCUAUUCCCCAUAGAGCUCUGGUCAAACAUAUAUACAGUGUCUUGCAAAAGUAUUCAUCCCCCUUGGCGUUUUUCCUAUUUUGUUGCAUUACAACCUGUAAUUUAAAUUGAUUUUUAUUUGGAUUUCAUGUAAUGGACAUACACAACAUUUUCCAAAUUGGUGAAGUGAAAUGAAAAAAAUUACUUUCUUCAAAAAAUUAAUAAAUAACUGAAAAGUGGUGCGUGCAUAUGUAUUCACCCCCUUUGGCCCCUAAAUAAGAUCUGGUGCAACCAAUUACCUUCAGAAGUCACAUAAUAUAAAUUCCACCUGUGUGCAAUCUGUGUCACAUGAUCUGUCACAUGAUCUCAGUGUAUAUAUACACCUGUUCUGAAAGGCCCCAGAGUCUGCAACACCACUAAGCAAGGGACACCACCAAGCAAGGGGCACCACCAAGCAAGCGGCACCACCAAGCAAGCGGCACCACCAAGCAAGCGGCACCACCAAGCAAGCGGCACCACCAAGCAAGGGGCACCACUAAGCAAGGGGCACCACCAAGCAAGCGGCACCAUGAAGACCAAGGAGCUCUCCAAACAGGUCAGGGACAAAGUUGUGGAGAAGUACAGAUCAGGGUUAGGUUAUAAAAAAAUAUCAGAAACUUUUAACAUCCCACGGAGCACCAUUUUUAAUCCAUUAUUUAAAAAAAUUGAAAGAAUAUGGCACCACAACAAACCUGCCAAGAGAGGGCCGCCCACCAAAACUCACGGACCAGGCAACUCAUUAAUCAGAGGCAACAAAGAGACCAAAGAUAACCCUGAAGGAGCUGCAAAGCGUCACAGUUGAGAUUGGAGUAUCUGUCCAUAGGACCACUUUAAGCUGUACACUCCACAGAGCUGGGCUUUACGGAAGAGUGGGCAGAAAAAAGCCAUUGCUUAAAGAAAAAAAAUAAGGCAACAUGUUUGGUGUUCGCCAAAAGGAAUGUGGGAGACUCCCCAAACAUGUGGAAGAAUUUACUCUGGUCAGAUGAGACUAAAAUUGAGCUUUUUGGCCAUCAAGGAAAACGCUAUGUCUGGCGCAAACCCAACACCUCUCAUCACCCCGAGAACUCCAUACCCACAGUGAAGCAUGGUGGUGGCAGCAUCAUGCUGUGGGGAUGUUUUUCAUCGGCAGGGACUGGAAAACUGGUCAGAAUUGAAGGAAUGAUGGAUGGCGCUAAAUACAGGGAAAUUCUUGAAGGAAACCUGUUUCAGUCUUCCAGAGAUUUGAGGUUCACCUUCCAGCAGGACAAUGACCCUAAGCAUACUGCUAAAGCAACACUUGAGUGGUUUAAGGGGAAACAUUUAAAUGUCUUGGAAUGGCCUAGUCAAAGCCCAGACCUCAAUCCAAUUGAGAAGCUGUGGUAUGACUUAAAGAUUGCUGUACACCAGCGGAACCCAUCCAACUUGAAGGAGCUGAAGCAGUUUUGCCUUGAAGAAUGGGCAGAAAUCCCAGUGGCUAGAUGUGCCAAGCUUAUAGAGACAUACCCCAAGAGACUUGCAGCUGUAAUUGCUGCAAAAGGUGGUACUCUGAAUUUUUUUUUUUUUUUUUGUCUUAUUUCUUUUUUGUUUCACAAUAAAACAUAUUUUGCAUCUUCAAAGUAGUAGGCAUGUUGUGUAAAUGAAAUGAUACAACCCCCCCCCCCCAAAAAAAAAAUCCAUUUUAAUUCCAGGAUGUAAGGCAACAAAAUAGGAAAAAUGCCAAGGGGGGGGGGGGGGUGAAUACAUUUUUGCAAGCCACUCUGACCUGGCUCAAAAAAUCUAUUACAGACAAAAAUAUUGGCAUAGAUGGUUACGAUGUUUUUCGUGCAGAUGGUAAAUCUAAGGGUGUUGCUGUGUACGUGAAAGACUCGUUCUGAUUUCUGUUACUAAACCUAAGCAAUUUGAAUAUCUGUCUUUGAACCUUUUUUUAAAUAUUGUUGUAUCUUGUUGUUAUAGACCUCCGUCUGCUAAUGCCGGCUCUCUGGAUUGUAUUUUUCGAAUUGUUAUCACAGCAUGUCAACUCUGAGUUUGUCUUGAUGGGUGAUCUGAAUCAGGAUUGGUUAACGUCUAGCUCUGAUCAACUCAAAAUGAUAUGCAAUACCUAUAAUCUCACUCAGAUUGUCAACAGUGUAACUAGGUUGAAUAUAUAGUAUCCUCUGAAAUCCUCUUUUUUGAUUUGAUCUUAACCAAUACUUGUCAUCGUUUUAAUGCUUCUGGUAUUUUUGCAAAUGACAUUAGUGAUCACUGUGCUAUUGCCUGUGUGAGAGAUGGUAAAAUUCCUAAGCAAUCUCCAAGUGUCCUUACGAAAAGAAACUGGAAGCAGU